AUGACAACUAUAAUCGAACACUUCAAUUCUCAACUGCUGAGUUUGAAUCUUAGUGGAAACCUGAUGCAUGGCUUCUAUAGAGUCAUUGAUGCCAUAUGUGUAAGAAAAUGCGGGGAAAUACCUUCUGUUUUUUUUUAAAAAUCAGCUUGAAUUGUCAUCAAAAGGUUUUAGCUUAAGUUAAAAUUAUUGACAAAACUGGUAUAACUCACAUUACUUGUCAGUACACUAUACAUUUGCCAGUAUAUUCAGAAUAAGAUUGUACACUUUAGGCCUACAUCUUUCAAUAUUGAGUUUAAGAUUGUAUACUUUACAGCUAUCAGUAUGGGGUCUAAGAUUGUAUACUUUACAUCUGUUACUAUUCGUUCUAAGACUGUACAAUUUACAGCCAUCAAUAUUGGGUCUAGGAUUGUACACUUUACAGCCAUCAGCAUUGGGUCUAAGAUUGUACACUUUACAGCUGUCAGUAUUGGGUCUAAUAUUUUUCUCUUAACAUCUGUCAAUAUUGGGUCUAAGUCUGUUUAGGGAGGCUAAGUAAAGCAAACUUGGAAAUAAAAAAAUAAACAUGAAAUGAAAGAUUUGAAAUGAAAUAAUUUAUUUAUUUUAUAUUUGAUAUGUUAAGAGAUCUCUAAAAGUUUUCUCCCUGGUUUCUGGUAGUGUAAAAUCACUAUCAAUUUUCAAUUACAUUUGCUUUGUCUGUCUUCUGCAGGAAAACUGCUCUAACCUAGAGAUGCUGGCCAUCAACUACUGCAGAGCCGAUGUUUUGACAUUGGAUAUAGAGAGACUCCAGAGAAGCCUACCGGCUCUCAAAACACUCAACAUGGGCUACAUCUUGUCUAGCAAUAUUAACAUUGAGGAAAAGCCCUCUGUAAGUGGCUAAGUUAUUUAAUCCAAUUAGUAACAUAGACUUUUCAAACCUUGGAAUUUCAUUUUCUCCGAUAUCAACAUUUGAAAAAAUUGUUAACACUAUGUUUUAUAAACUAUACUUAUCCAAGAUGUCUAUACCUAAAUACAACUUAUGGUUAAUCUCUACUAGAAGAAUAUAAGUUAACUUAUUGGUUUGAAGCCUUCUUCAGUAGACAAAAAAGACCUAGAAAAUGUUUGUAUGGGAAAUAAUUAUUGAAAAGAAGUUCAACUCUUUGUCUAUAUAGUUACGUCAAAAGUUAUAGGAAAAUGAUUGCAAUUUCCCUGUAAACAUGUAUUGUUCCUCAAUGUUCAGUAUCAUCAUCUGGUGUGCCAAUAAUGUGCCUUGUCAACAUUUGUUAUGCCACCAAUGUUCUAUGUAAGGGUUGAUUGCUCUUCAUGAAAAUGGGGGUUUCCCUUUGUAGUGAAAACCUCUGCAUACUGAGACUAUUGUUGUUUUGUUGCUUCAACAUUGUUUUACAACGAUUGCCCACCAUAUGCUAUUGUUUUUUUUAGUGGGUUUUACCUAAUAGCAUUCUUUUUUUCCCCUUCCUUUUUACCAGUAUCUUUCUCCAGGAUUUCAGUCAUUGGAAGAUUUAUCUAUUGCU